UGUUGGGUAAAGUGAUUUGCGGAUAACGUGAAUGAAUGAGUUGGCCUCCACUAACACACCCUGAUCUCAUUGAUUUAUUUAUUUUAUUAAUUUCUCAUUAAUUUCUUUACUUCAGUUUUGCUUCUAGCGUUGAAACGAAAGCUCAUCAUAAUCUUAUCUCUCCACUAUUCUUAUCACUUUGCUUCAUUUCCUUUGCUUCCUUCCAUUACAAAUCAGAAAUCAUGGCUGAGCUUGCAGGCAUAUUUCUCUCCCCACUCCUCCAAGCGUUUUUUGAAAGGGUGACAUCUCGUGAAUUUGUUUACUUUUUUCGACGAGAAAAACUCGACCAAGCACUCUUGAACAAACUGAAGAUAGCUUUGCUGUCUGUGAAUGCUGUGUUUGAAGAUGCAGAGGAAAAGCAAGUGGUAAAUCCCAACGUAAAAGAAUGGCUCGAUGAGUUGAAAGAUACUAUCUAUGAUGCAGAGGACACCUUGGAUGAGAUUGAUACCGAAGUCAUGCGUUGCGAGUUGGAUGCUGAAUUUCAUACCACUACAAGCAAGGUACGAACAGCCAUCUCUACUUCUCUUAAAGUACCAUUUGUCAAGAAAAUAGAACCAAAGAUAAAACAAGUGCUUGACAGAUUGGAGUAUCUUGUAAGUCAAAAGAACAAUAUGGGUCUAAAAGAAGGCGUUCAAGGAAAUCCAUCUGAAAGAUUGCCCACAACUUCUUUGGUUGAAGAAUCUGGUAUUUGUGGUAGAGAAGAUGAUAAGGAGAAAAUAAUUAAUUCCUUGUUCUCAGAUGAUGUAAGUGGCAAUAAGUUGUUUGUGAUUGCUAUUGUCGGUAUGGGAGGGCUCGGCAAGACCACCCUUGCUCAGCUUGUAUACAAUGACGAGAGCGUGAAGGAACAUUUUGACCUUAAAGCAUGGGCUUGUGUUUCGGAUGACUUUGACGUCUUUAAGGUAACAAAAGCAAUUCUAGAGGGAGUAGAUUCAUCCGCUAAUGGUGAUGGUAAGACUUUAAACUGGCUUCAAACUACACUAAAGGAGAGUUUGACGGGAAAGAAAUUUCUACUUGUUUUAGAUGAUGUUUGGAAUGAUAAUUAUAUUAAUUGGGAGGUCUUAAGUAAUCCCUUCAGAUUUGGAGCACAAGGGAGCAGAGUUUUGGUAACCACACGUGAAGAACGAGUAGCAUCGGUCAUGCAAACUACUUUACCUUACUAUCUGAAGCCAUUACCAGAAAAAGAAUGUUGGUCACUUUUUGUAAGACAUGCGUUUCGUGGCAGUAUCCAUCCAGAGCUAGAAGCAAUUGGAAGACAGAUCGUGGAAAAAUGCAAAGGUCUGCCUUUAGCAGUCAAGACAAUUGGAGCUCUCUUGUGGUCUAAAGUAGAUGCUGAUGAUUGGAAUAAAAUAUUAAAGAGCGAGGUGUGGGACAUGUCGACUGAAAUUAUUCCUGCUCUAAGAUUAAGUUAUAAAUAUUUGCCCUCACAUUUAAAGCGAUGCUUUGCUUAUUGUUCGAUAUUUCCAAAAGAUUAUUUUUUCACAAAAAAGAAAUUAGUCCUAUUGUGGAUGGCAGAAGGUUUCUUGAAAAAAUCUAAAGACAAAACAAUGGAGCAAGUCGGUCAUGAUUACUUCUCUGAUCUGGAAUCGAGAUUGUUAUUAUUUAAACAAUCAAGUCCUGCGUUUGAUCUAGAUUUUGGAAUGUUUGGUUCAAGAUUCGGAAUGCAUGAUCUUGUCAACGACUUAGCAAGAUUUGUAUCUGGGCAAUUUACCUUUAGAUUGGAGGGUGGCAAUUCGCUCCAAGUUACGAACAAGACUCGUCACUUAUCAAUUGUUGAAAACAUCCCAAAGACGUUAGAGGCACUUUACAAGGCCAAGGGGUUGCGCACUUUUCUCCCAAUAAAUUCUGCUUUUUGGAAUGGAACACUCCCACAUGAUUCGUUGCCCAUGUUGAGAUUCUUACGAGUGCUUUCCUUAGUAAGGAAUAGAAAUUUAACUGAGUUGCCUGAUUCAAUUGGCAAAAUUAGACAUCUACGAUAUUUGGAUCUCUCUUUAACACGAAUUAGAAAACUACCUGAUUCUAUAUGUAAAUUGUGCAAUUUGCAAACAUUGGGAUUACAGAAUUGUCUGUAUCUUACUGCAUUGCCUAGAGAUAUGCAUAAACUCGUUAGUUUGCGUCAUCUUUUUUUAAAUGGAAGUGCCAUAACAGAGAUGCCGUUACAACUGGGUAGACUAAAAUGUCUACAGACUUUGGAUAUAUUUGUUGUCAACAAACAUUGCGGAUCAAGCAAUAUUGGGGAGUUGGGGAAGCUUGAAUAUAUUGGGGGGAAUCUCUCUAUUGAGAACCUCCAAAAUGUCAAAUCUCCUGUCUAUGCUUUGGAUGCAAGCUUGAAGGAUAAGAAGCACCUUGAGGGCUUCACGCUGAGAUGGGACGCUACAAGUAGCAAUAUUUCAGACAGUGAUCAAAUAACUGUAUUGGAGAAUCUCCGACUCCAUACAAACUUGAAAAGUCUCAAUAUCGACAAUUAUGGUGGUAAGAGCUUUCCGAAUUGGAUCGCUCAUCAUUCGUUCUCUAAGAUAGAAUCUAUUAAUCUCUACAAUUGUAAAUAUUGCCACAUCUUGCCAUCAUUUGGACAACUACACGCUCUCGAGAGCCUCUACAUCAUUGGGUUUCAUGGAAUUGCUAGAGUGGGUAUGGAGUUCUAUGGUAGCGAUUCUUCUACGUUUAAGCCAUUCGUAGCCUUGAAAGUUCUAAAGUUUGAAGACAUGCCAGAUUGGGUAAAUUGGUUAUGUUUUGAUUCUGAAAAUGAAGGUGAAGCUUUUCCUCGUCUUGAAGUGCUUCAUAUUGUUAAGUGCCCCAAGCUAACAGGAGGGUUGCCCAUCCAUCUUCCUUCUUUAGCCAAACUUAAGAUUGUUGAAUGUUCGCAGCUGGAGGCCUCACUCCCAAGGUCUCCUACUCUAUGUCAAUUGGAGUUAACAAAUUUUAAUGAAAUUCUGUUAAAUGAAUUGCCAUCUGGAUUGCAAAAACUAGUACUUAAAAGAUCUGAUGCAUUACGGUCCCUACAGGAGGGAAUGAUGGAUUCCAGUAGUCCUCUUCAAGAAUUGGAAAUCGAUGGUUGUUGCUCGCUCAUGUUACUUUCCGAUGAUGGUCUACCCUCCACAUUAGAAACUCUUAUGAUCUCAAACUGUAAGAAGUUAGAAUUCCCAGUGCACUUCAACUAUUCAUCCCUCAAAGAGUUGUACUUGGAAAAUAGUUGUGAUUCUCUUAGGUGCUUUCUAGUAAAGUGGCAAUCUAAUCUGAAAAGAUCUCGGAUUUAG